ACGUUUGCAGAAGACUGAUCCGUCAUAGAACGAACGACCAGGUAUUGGUGGCGUAUUGUCUUGGCUGAAAAAUGUGAGGUAAUGAGCAUUUGGUGAUGUAUGAAGACAACAUGAAGUUUAGAUGGCAUAACAUGAAGUAAUUUGUUUCACAGAAUGGACAAAUCGACUCUGAAUAACCAGGGCAGCAUGUCACCUCAAUCUUCAGGGCUGAAGAGUAAGCCAAGCAAGAAACCAGCUUGAAACAAGCAGCAAGCAAAGCUUUGCCUCAGCAUAUUUAUGACUUUCUUGAGAAGUACGAGUAAUUGGAUGAGGUAACUGUUGCUUCAGUGGACUACAUGGCAUUAUAUACCAGCAGACAGAAUGCUUCUAAUGACUUCUAAAUAAUGAUUGUUUCAAUGCGGCAGCAGGCUAGGAAAGCUAAACUUUACACAAUUAAUAAGCUGAUUCGUGAAUCAAGGCGGUUAAAAAGCAGAAAUGGUCCUGAGGAACAGAAGAAAAAGUAUAACAAAAAAGCUGAGAGGUUAAUGGAAGAAAUGCUUAUUUUAAAGAAGCUGAAAGAUGAUGAAGUAUCAAAAUUUGCUCUUUGCAAUACCAAGAAAGCAAGUGAAAUUAUUGCUGAUCCUGCAGUACCAUUAAAAGAGAAAGCACUGGCUAGGGUCUCCAAUCAGUCAAACAUCUCGGCUUGUGUCACUCAGUUUCAUAUGAAAUUUCCAGCAUGGGUUGAUAUUGUACCCCAGUUAUUACUAAAGCUAGGAGAAAAAGCAAGAAAAAAGAAAAAUCGAAAAUUAAAAAUACGUGAGAAUGACCGGGGCAAGGUAACAGUGUCUUCUAAAACUGAAAUUUGCACUCAUGAAAGCAUUUGUAGCAAGGAUCAAACUGUCAUGUAUCCGAAUUGUGAUGAAUCUGUUGUAAUUCACAAUCAGGACAGACAACAGGAAAUGCCAAAGGACCUCAGUGAAAAAAUAAGUAAAGAAAGUGUCUGUUUAAAAAGUGAAACAAGAAGUUUAGCAGAAGUAAAGAGAUUCACUGAACUUUUAAAAGCAAAAAACGACACUGAAAAUGACAGCUUGGAUGUUAUCAAUUUAACUUCUGUUGCUUCUUCAUGUGGUACAACAGUAGAUCCAUUUUUUAUGUGUGAAGAUGGUAAAACUGAAUAUCUGACUAGUGUAAAAGUAGAUACAAGCUCAAAUGAAGGAGUCUAUAUUCAUGAGAGAGAAAGACUGUCAAAAUCAGCAAGGAAUAAAAGUGAUGAAAAGAGGUUCUUUCAAGCAGAAAGAAGGAAAAGUAUGCAAGAACAGAAGCCAAAAAAUUCAAGCUUCAAGGCUUUCCAGCAGCAGUCAACAAAUAUUUCUGGGAAUAGAAGUAAACAGUCAUCAUAUUCAAGGCAGAAAAUUAGUGUAAUACAUCAUGAGAAAAAACAAAGUCCACUAACAGAUAAUAACAGUCCCAUUCAUCCAUCAUGGGAAGCAAAGAAAAAGUUGAAGGAGCAGCAGUGUGCAGUGUUUGCAUUCCAAGGCAAAAAGAUUAAGUUCGAUGAUUAGUUAACAUCAAGAAGAUCAAGCAACACAGUGUCUUAAUGGUGCAUGAAAAACGUUCUGUGCCUUAGCAGUUUCCUAAUUAGGAGAAAUGCUGUCCAGUAUUUUUGUGGCAGAAGUGUCAUAUUUAAGAUGCUGCAAGUGGUUUUGCAAUUUUGGGUUUGAUGUGACUCUGUCUUGUUCUGCUAUGCUCGAAGAUAUAUCUAUUAAAAUGAAUGGCAUCUCAGUAUAGGUAGUUGGAAGACAGGAUCUCCAAGGAUGGGAUGACAUUUGGAAUACAUGUUAAGACGCAGGAAACAAUGUACGUGAAGUAGUGGGAUGUAAAUUUGUAUCUAGCAGUCAUAAAUCCAUUUUAGCUUGAAGCUGAUAAAAGAAAAUGUGUCAUUAUCCUGGAUUCUUUCAUUCAUAAUCAUUAUGUCUACAGUCUAAAGAUGAGAUGAUUUUCUCAUACAUGACUUUGAUCAUAUUUUUCAAGCACUAUUUUAAUGACAUCAUGGUUCAGAAUUGUUAACGCCAUGAAUAAAUAACUGUUUACAUUGA